CGUCAAUGUCUAUACUAGUACUUUGCUCCUCAUGCUACACUCAUUCCAGCAACUACGACCGCAGUUCACGGCACAAGUUGCCAUUUAUACCAUGAUGCCGUGAUAUGAUAUUUCUGACUAGGGAUUAUGUUCGUCUCGGCUGCUUGGAGAGGCGACUAUGUAAUGUCGCCCAAUUACCGUCAUGGCUCUUAACGCGCUGCUGCACUACUUUAAAAUAUUGAGUUGAAGUGUUGUCUGCGUUGUUGAUUUCUUUUCGCCUUGCUCCGCACAUCCAGACAGAACCACACGUCCACACAUCAUGGCACCAAUAAUCUACAGCUCGAUUUAUCCCGAAUAUUUGGUCCCAACCAACAAAUCACUCGGUCAGUACCUGCUCGAUGUCAAUCCAGAUGAUAUCUCGCCGGACAAGGUCAUCUACGAGGACAUUGACCCAAAGGGCAGCAAGAUUACAUAUGGCGGGCUUCGUAGAGAUGCCGCAAAGCUCGCCGCCGAAUUGGUGCAUGCUUUCAACCUAAAGAUGGGCGAUGCCGUAGUUGUGUACGCUGCAAACUCGGCAAAUUAUAUUCUACUGGCACAUGCCGUGAUGUGGUUUGGUGGAACGAUCAUCGGAAUCAAUGUUGCAACCUCGGAACAUGAUCUGGGGCAUUAUCUUUCAGUAGCGGCCGCAAAGUUAAUUGUCGUGGAGCCUCAUCGUCGCGGCGUCGUUGAGAGGACAGUGGCCCACCAUCAUACGACCGUUCCUUCGGCACCAAUUAUCAACAUUGACAAUCAAUCGGCGGUUGCCUUCCCACACAAGUAUCUCCGCUCGACUGCCGUAAAUCCAAUUCCGCCAGUCGACCUGUCAAACAUCGACAACCGCACCCUCCCGGCUGCCGUUGUUUUCAGCUCCGGGACGUCUGGAAAACCAAAGGGUGUACACCUGAGCCACUACGGAAUGAUUGCCAAUGCAUUGAGCAACCGCACCGCAAAUCCCGAGGACGCGAACGCCGACUCGCGCGAAGUCUUCUUCGGUCCCUUCCCACACCUAUUCGGUCUCCUGGGCGGCGUUCUCAUCCCCGCCUUCCUCGGAAACUACAUCGCCAUCCUUCCGGCAUUCGUCUACGACCAGUAUAUCCAGUCCUGCUCUAAAGUCGGCAGCACGGUCAUGAGGAUGGUUCCCGCAGUCGCCGUGGCGAUUACCAAGGACCCGCGCAUCGAUCAGCUCGACCUGACGACCGUCAAGACGCUCAUGUGCGCUGGUGCGGCGCUGCAAGUCGAGGUUGUGCAGAGGCUGCAGCAGAUCAUGCCAAGGGUUAGCAUUACGCAGGGUUACGGCAUGAGUGAAGUUUCCGUCGCUGGGCUCCGCGGCCGGCGCUCAGCAGAGAAAGCAGGCAGCGUAGGACGGCUCUACCCAGGCGUCAAGAUGCGCAUCAUUGACGACAACAUGAAUGACGUCAAGCUAGGUGAGCCUGGCGAAGCGCUCAUCAAGGCGCCCACCGUGUUUGCGGGCUACCGCAAUAACCCCAAGAGCACGCAGGAGUCCUUCCAUGAUGGCUGGCUGCGCACUGGCGAUACACUAUCAAUUGAUAAGGAUGGGUUUUUAUGGUUUAAGGAUCGGAAGAAGGAGAUGAUUAAGUAUAAGGGCAUGCAAGUCGCCCCCGCCGAACUCGAAGACCUCCUCGCCUCGCACCCCGAAGUCGAAGAAGCAGCCGUCUGCGCCCUCUGGCACGAAGAUGGCCAAACCGAAGUUCCAAUUGGCUACGUCGUGCUCUCGUCCUCCGUGGCGCAGAACGAUCGUGAAGCGGCGCUGAAACGCAUCCGGGAGUCAGUGGAUAAGAUUGUGAGCCCGUACAAGAAGCUAAGAGGGGGCGUUUUUGCAAUCGAUGCGAUUCCCAAGAACCCGACGGGGAAAAUUCAAAGGAGUGAGCUGCCCGCCAGGAAGGAGAAGGCGGGGAGGGGGGCGGCCGCCGCGAAGACGAAGCUGUAGAGUGAAGGAGGCAGAUUUGAAGAGGUUUAUUUCGUUUUGUAAAUCUUUAGAAAUUGUUAGCAUAGCCGUUAUGAUUGGAAAUCUGACGCUUGAUCUUAAUUUCAUCGACUACUCCAAAGUCGCAAGCAAGAAUAAACUCACGCUGUGUAGUCUCAUAUAAGAGUUGUAGUGGCUACAGCUGCAGUCAAUCUAG